AUGGGGGAUAAAUUUUGGUCAGAAAUCAUCUGCGACUUGAAAUUAUUACUCGAGACAAAGAGUAAUCAAGAUGUAUGUAUACAAGUAGGAAAAGAAUCAGAUUAUACAGAAUUCUAUGCCCAUUCACUUAUACUCAGUUGUCGAUCUCAAUACUUUCAUAAUAUAUUUUCAACCAAUUCGAUUGAAAGAAAAGAUGGAAUGUACAUUAUGAAAAAGCCAAGCAUUACGUCAAUUUCUUGUAGAAAUAUCUUAAGGUGGACUCAUCCACCCGUGUUCGGUAAAUUUAGUUUCAUUUAUAUAGGAAAGGUAGAUCUAGAUCCGGAGAAUGGGGUUGAAACUCUUAGUUUAUUGAUAGCGUCGAAUGAAUUCGGCUUACAUAAAUUAUCGCAAUACGUAACGGAUUUUUUGAUUCAACAUCAAAGAAAUUUUAUCCGAAAAGAUCCGAUACACAUUAUAGAUAUUGUGUAUUCACACGAUUUAUUCAUCAACCUUCGAGAAGUUUGUUUAGAUGUGAUAUGUUCCGAUCCAGAAAUAUUGUUGGCCACGGAUAAGUUCAGUCAUUUGUCCGAAGAAAUAGUGACACAAUUAUUGAAAAGAGAAGAUAUAUCUUCCAUUAAAGAGAUCACUAUAUGGGAAAAUUUAAUCGAUUGGGGAUUGGCAAGGAAUCCUAACGUAGAUUUUGAUGUUAACAAAUGGACAAAAGAUGAUACGACUUUGAUGAAUCGUACCAUAGGAAAAUUCAUACCUUUGAUUCAAUUUCAUGAUAUAUCUGCCGAAGAUUUUUUUAACAGGGUCUUGCCUUAUGAGGAAUUAAUACCAAGAGAACUUAAACAAAAGGUUCUCAGAGCUCACAUGUUACCCAAGUUAGCCUCAGCACCACCGAAAUCAUCUAGAAUUUCGAAAACACCGGAUGAUAGUUCCACUAAAGCAUUUAAGACGGAAUCAAUUCUUCGUACAAAUUGGGGACCCAUCUUUGGUAAUUUUGAAGGCGGUAACGAUCUUGCAAUGAAACGUAAAGCCGAAUGGAAAUCUAAACCUGUUUCUUAUCCAAACGUCAAUAUUCCUAAAAAAUUCAUUUGUUCUGAAUAUGAAGUUUUUCAAAUUAAAAAGAAGCCUUAA